CUUCGUUCUCCAAACUCGUAACCGGCGCAGCUGAGAACUUCCAUCUCGCGGAAGAGGCAACAUCCAUGGGUAUCUCUCGUGACUCCAUCCACAAGAGGCGUGCCACUGGAGGCAAGCAGAAGCAAUGGAGGAAGAAGCGAAAGUACGAGAUGGGAAGGCAGCCAGCUAACACCAAGUUGUCAAGCAACAAGACGGUGAGAAGAAUCAGAGUCCGUGGAGGUAACGUCAAGUGGCGUGCGUUGAGGCUCGAUACCGGUAACUACUCCUGGGGAAGUGAGUCUGUUACUCGCAAGACUAGGGUUCUUGACGUUGUCUACAAUGCUUCCAACAACGAGCUUGUCCGUACCAAGACUCUUGUGAAGAGUGCUAUUGUUCAGGUUGAUGCUGCUCCUUUCAAGCAGUGGUACUUGCAGCAUUAUGGAGUUGAGGUUGGUCGCAAGAAGAAGAGUGCUGCUGCUUCUGCUGCCGCCAAGAAGGACGGAGAGGAAGGUGAAGAAGCUGCAGCAGCUGCUGCUGCUCCUGAGGAGACCAAGAAGAGUAACCAUGUCUUGAGGAAGAUCGAGAGCCGUCAAGAGGGUCGCAGUCUUGAUUCCCACAUUGAGGACCAGUUUGCCAGUGGUCGUUUGUUGGCUUGCAUCUCAUCAAGGCCUGGCCAGUGCGGACGUGCCGAUGGAUACAUUCUUGAAGGCAAAGAGUUAGAGUUCUACCAGAAGAAGAUCCAGAAGAAGAAGGGAAAGGGUGCUGCUUAAGAGCUUCACUUCUUUACUUUAAUCUUUUUUGGUUCAUCUUUAAACAAUGUUUUGAGUUUCAAUUUCUACUACUGUCUGAGAGAACCUAUGUUUUUGGAUUAGUUUGCUAUUAUAUUUCAUAAAUUCCCUCAGUUAAUUAUGGCACAAUAUCUUUGUCUCAGAUUUUUUUCGUUUAAUUUUAAAUCUCUC